AAUUAGAAGAAAAAAGUAUAGCGAAAAAAGAAAAGUCAAAUUUUGUAAGAUUAUGUUAGAAUAUUUAUUAAUGUUGAAAUAAACCAUUUUAAUUUUCAAAAAAUACAAGAAUUUGACAAAAUGAUUUUAAGACCGUGGCAGAAAAUUAGAGCUGGCUACAAAUACUGUAAAUAUUUAUCUACGCAAAAGGCCAAUAUUUCAAUUAGGGACGCAAUAGUUUUAAGUGAUAGUUGUGUACAAAAAUUAAAACAGUUAUGUGAUAGUAAUUCAUUCUUAAGACUGUGUGUCGAAAGUGGGGGCUGCUCAGGAUUUCAAUAUAAAUUCGAUUUGGAUGAUAAAAUUGCUGCUGACGAUAAAAUCUUUGAAAGGGACGGUGUGAAAGUGGUUGUAGAUACGACCUCGCUAGAGUAUAUAAAAGGAUCAACUAUAGAUUAUCAUACCGAAUUGAUUCGAUCGGCUUUCAGAGUAGUUCAGAACCCCAACGCAGACCUCGGUUGCUCGUGUGGAGCAAGUUUCUCUAUAAAAAUUGAUUAGAAGCUUUGAAGAAAUAUUCAUUUAUUUAAAUGUAUAAAGUAAGUUAAUAGUUAUGCAAUAAAUAGAAUUCAAUCGAA